CAACUUCUCUUCAACGUUUCAACCCUCACUGAGUUGGAAUCACACAGAUUCGCUGUGGGCGGCCGACACGUAGCUCGCAAGGAAUCGCUUUGUCUUUCUCUUCGCUGUUGUGUCAACUACUAUUGUCGAGAAUCAUGGAAUCAGCAGAUUCCCCUUCCAACGACUCUCACAUGCCGUUGGCACGAGGUGACCUGCCCAUCUUGGGGGUGAUGCCAGAGAUAUCGACCUAUAUCUUUUCUUGGGUCCGCAUCGCAAACGAGCGAGUUCGCUGCUACGACACCCCUUGGAUUCUUUCCCAAGUCUGUCAAAGAUGGAGAGACAUCGCACUAUCAUAUCCUGAAUUGUGGUCUUGGGUUCGUAUCCAAGAACCACGGACUUUCAACUUUUCAGGUCGCGUUCGUCAGCUGGAAGUAUCCCUUCUUCGAUCCCAAUCCUACCCUCUCCGGAUCCAGUAUAGCGAAAGUGGUGAUCCGAACGCGCAUCUGUGGGCUGUGCUCUUGGACCAUUGCCAUCACUGACGCACCGUCGAAGUCUAUCUUUCCACAAGGGAAUUCACUCGUCGUCUGCCCAAGCCACAGAGACAUACUCUCCCUUUGCUGGAGCGAUUCCGCCUUUCCCGGUCUUUCGAUAGCCACAUUAACACUGUG